AAGACAAAAAAAAUGUGCGUAAAAAAUUGACUGCAUUCGAAAAAUGUAAAUGAUUAUUAUUUCAAUAUAAUAUUCAUCUUUAGUUAUAUCAUCUCCUACUUUAGUUGCUUUUUGUUAAUGUUAAAUGAUCAAUUGAAUUUUUAUAGUAGAAAAUCAUUAAUUCAUUAUCACUUGCCUUUGUAAAUAGUAAAUGCAGCUUGUAAAUAUUGAAUGUGAUAAUUUGUUAUGGAUUAGUUUAUAAGAGUGCAUUGCAAGUACCGAGAUUAAGAAGUGACUUUGAAGUAUAAUGUUGUGACUUAGCUGUCGGAAUUCAAAUUAACUACUGUUCCAUUAAAAGUUAUGUUGAAUUUUAUUAAAUUGAUUCAAUUUCGUGCACAUUGCAAAUACUAUUCAAAUAGUUUAUAGAGAGAUAAAAAUUGUAAACAGUCAAGAUUAUUCGUAGUCAAAUGUAAGUGCUGGGCACAGUUAGCUUGUACAUUAAAGUUAGUAACUUUAUAAUUUUGACAAGGACUGUAACUACAUUUUUUAUGUGACCUGAUGGAAAACAUGAAUAGACGUUGAACAUAAACAAUGCCAUUAAUAAAAAUAUAUCAGAUGUAUGCUACGUUAUAAGGCACAUGUUGUAAGCUAUGAUUAAAUACUGUGCUGGGGUAGUUUUUUAAAUUGUAUAAUACACUAAAAUAAGAUGAGUCAACAGCUAUUUUAUCUGUUUGGAUAAAGAAAAUUGCACAUUUACAUAUUCUAUCGUAUCACACUGUACAUAGUAGUAAAUACACUUGUACACAUACGAAUUUUACAAAAAAAAAAAAAAAACGUAAAUUGUUGUAUUGUAAGAGAGGUGAUAUAAUGAUGAAAAGCCAUUUCUGUAAUAUAUAAAAUAUGGAAAUUAUUGAAAUUCAAAAUAUUGCGAUAAGUAUAGAGUAAAGAUAGUAUUUUCUGCUGUCAAUUUUCAAGUAAGACUGUGAUUUUUAAAUAAUGUUAAUUAUAACUAAAAAAACCCGUUAUUAUUACACCAAGCGACAACAGGAGAAAAUAAAUAAAAUGAAUCGAAAUAAACAAAGUUUUUUUAUAGUCAAUUUCUUGAAUCCACUCUUAUAUACUCUUAAAAAAUUAAUGAAAAUGCUUUUAGUAAUUUAAGGAACCAGGAAACAAUUUUUAACAAAUAGUUUUUAUUGAUAAUUUUUUCCUACCGCAAUGAUUUAAUUUGAAUUCUUUAUUCUCUCGCUUGUGUCGUUGCAAACUGCACUAGGCGCGAUUUUAGAAUAACCUGCUAAACCAGUGUUGACAGAUAAACACGCAGGUCGCAGACUGAAGUUAUUAUAUUGGAAUAACAAAAGUUCUUUGUAUUUUAUUUUAUUUUAAUAUGAAAAAUUAUAGAAAAUAAAUCUUAUUUUUUACCAAAAAAUUGAUAAAAACCUAACAAAAUGUUCGGAAGUAUUCGAGAUAAGUUUCAAUCGAUUCAAGAAGGUCUUUCUGCAAGUAUUCGGGGAAUGACACUUGCAGAGGCCUCAAUGAAACCUAAAAAGUUUGUUAAUACACGAAAUGUAAAUUAUGAUGCUGGGGCUGAUGUUUUACAUCACUUUCAAAUGGAAUGGAACAAUAUGCAUGAAUUAGCAGAAGAAAAUGCCCAGAAAGCUCAAGAAGCAGAUGCCUUGAUAGCAACUAUUCAUGAAAAAAUAGAAUUGCAGUGGAACAGUAUCGCUAUACUCAAUAACACUUUGUCAUCUAUUCCAAAAAUAAAUAGUGAUAUUCAAGCAUUAAUGGACCAAAUAGGUACCUUACAAGAAAUGUUUGAAGAAGUGGAAAAUGCUAUUUUUGAAGUAGAAGACCUUCAGGAAAUUUUAGAUUUACAGAGCAGUCAGUUAGAUCAUAGAUUUCAAUUAGCCCUUUACAAAGAAAAAAAGUUAGCAGAACUCAAAAAUAUACGAGAAAAAUAUGCAAAUGAACAUUUAGAAAAAGUUUCAAGGCACGAAAGAGCUCAGGAAAAGUUAUUGAGAGAAAGACAAAAUACUUUUGACGAAGCAUUCAGAGAAGAAAUUAAAGAGUACAAAAAAACUGGUUCAGUUCCAAAAACACCAACUACUUCUCACAAGGGACCAAGCUUGGAGGAAAUUGUUAUUGAAGCAGAUUCAGCUGAUUUUGAUGAAUUUUUAAAAGAAACAUGAAAAGGAAAACAUUCCCAAAAAUUGUUAAUAACAAAUAAAUCGAUCCGGAAACUCUAAUGUUGACAGGGUAACUGUGUAAGGAAUGCUUUCAUUGUGAAAAAAACGUCAAAGUUGAUUAAAUAUUAUGUUAAGACGUUAAAAAGUAAUUGAGUGUGGUAGAGAUUCAAUAUUUAUGCAACUUCAAGUUUUUGGAUAAAAACUGAUUAAAUCUUAGAAUAGCUGCUAGCCUCGCACUCACUCAAAGUUGUUUCAGACUGUUGAAAUAUUUCAUGAAGUAAUUGAUAGAAUAUAGAAGCUGGCCUUAAAAAAUGUAAAUAAGAUAAUUAUGUAUUUAACUACUAUAGACUACAAUAAUAUAUUUUACGUAGGCCUUAAAAAAUAAAAUUGUAUUAUGAGGAACUUAGUAGUUUAUAUAAUUGUAAAAGCUGCGCAAGAAAGACAAAUGAAUGUUACUAAAGGAUAUGCAUUGAAUUCAUUGAAUUCAUAUUUUUUGCCAAUUUUUAAUUCAUUUAUUAUAUGUUGAUGAACUCAAAAUAUUUGCAUUG